AUGGCGUUCCCACCGAGACAGGGAAGACGCGCAAGACCUCAAAGGGAGGUCCUCCCCGAUUCAAGAGCUGCGCGGGAGCGGAAGACCCAACUUAUCCACCAUGACAUGCAUACGCAUAAUAUACUGUUUGGAGAUGUCGAAUCCCCCGGUGACCUCGAUCAUUACGUGCUCCCCCCGUUGAAACUUAUAGAUUUCGAAGACGCCGAGGUGCUUUCUGACCCACAGAGACCUAACCAAGCAGUUGAGUCAAAUAUAUUUAGUAUCGGAAUGAUAAUGAGAUGCAUAAUUACGGGCAGCACAAAUAUGAACGUGCAUGCCGCCCCCGUGCGGAUUAACGUUAGUGGGCUGAAUGUGACCAUCACAUCAUAUGCCAACUUUCCUUCCGCCACUUACCCAGAUAUCGACAAUGAUUCUAAAAGCCUCGUCGUCCGAUGUUGUGCUGUUAAUCCGCAGGAGAGGCCUACCCUUGAAUAUUUGUAUGAUAGAGCCCGUAGCCACCUCCGCAACCGGGAAUACGAUUACUAUCGGGAUACUCCGAGCGCACCAUACGAAAGGAAGCCAUGGAUAAGAAGACUAGUCGAGGAGUAUAUUCUGAACGCUGACACUUGA